AUGAUAAAGAAGAAGGGAGGAAGGGGCAUUUGGCGUGAAAAAUUAGCCAAAACAUUCCUACACGAAAAAACCGUUAUUAUUUCAUUUGUUUUUUUAAUAUUCGUUUUGACAUUCGAUCAUGAAUUUCGAAUACUUCCCAUUUCUAAUCACUGCAUCAUAUUGACAACGAUAAUAAUUGUCGUUUUAACAACAUGCGCUUGCUGUCACGGUAUCAAAUGGGCAAUAACAUCGGAAAAACCAUUCGAAAUAUCAGAUAAGCAGACGAAAAUCAAACGAUGCAUAUAUGAGUGGGAAAAAAAAUGGCUGACUAAAAUAAUACAUGGUUUUUGCGAUUCGUGCCAAAGUCUAGAGUACUUGACUAAUUUCAACGAACAAAUAAGACUGCUGGUGAAAGACAUUGAAAAAAAUUUCAUAAAAACAUGGUAUUCGGAACUGAGUCAAAAUCCAUCGUUUUUAUUCGACACUCAUCUCAUGCUAGAAGAAAUCGUAUUUAAAAUAAUAAAAAAAUUGAAAAAAAUCAAUUGUAAAAAUUUCCUGGCAUCCAUUUUACUUCUGUAUUUGCACCACUUGCAAGAAUAUAGGAGGUCUAUGAAAAAAUUAUCCAAAUUGAAAUGGGAAAGGGAUUCGAAACGUGAAAACAUUGAUUUAUCAGACGUUUGGAAAUAUUUACAUCCGUGCAGUCAAUCUGAUCAAAUGUUAAAUUAUCAUUUGGAAAAAUUAAUUAAAGUCAUAUUGAAAGAAUUUUCACCCAAUGAAUUUUCACAUUCUCUACAGUGUAAAAUAAUCAGCGGUAUAAUUGCUAAAAAAGUCAUGAGAAAAUUUAUGACAACCAUAGAAGAUCCCAUUUGGUUAAAUUUAAAAUUGAUUUGUUUACUAAAUGAAGAAAAAUAUGAUGGGAUUCUCCAGGGUGGGAUUUACGUUGUAAAUGAAAAAAUAUUAACGAAUGAUGAUAACGAAUCGAAUUUCGAUAAUGAUAAACCCCUACAACUACUGUUGAGAAAAAGAUAUUUUUCAUCGAAUUUAUUUGAAAAUAAAAAUUAUUUUUUCGAUACGAAAAAUGAGAAAAACGAUGGAAAGAUGGCGACGAUGAGUGAAGAUAUAAUACCGACUGAUAAAACUACUGAAAAAAAAACAUUGACGUUGCAAUUGCACAAAGAUAAAGAUGGCGGCGGUGGCGGUGGUGGUGGGGGGAACGACAAAAACGAUACCAAAGAAAAUAUUUCGACGGUUUUAAGCGGUUUGAUAACAUCCACGGCAGGCCCUCUUUUACCCGAUAAUGUUUCAUUUCAUUAUCAUGCGUUAAAUAAAAUGUGGCAAAGUCCCGUAACGGAAGUCAAAGAUAUAUCGGAAUCGAUAACGAAUUCGUUAAAAAAAGUUUUUCUCAAUGGCGUCAAAGAGAAGAGAGGUUUGACGAGAAGUAAAUCGACGGAUUCGAUUAUGUCAAUAUCGAGCGAAUCGAAUUUAAAAAUUCGAGAUAUAUCCGUUGGAGAAGAAUUAUGCGAAAGUACUACGUUGGGAUCGAGCGUGGAAGAAGAAGAAGAGGGUUUGUCACCGAAAGAAAAAAAAUUAACGAGAACGGAAUCGUCAAACGAAAAUAUGAUGAUGAUGAUGAUGAUGACGACCGGCGAUGAUGAUGAAAUGAAUGGCGAUGAAAUUAAACCGGAAGAAACGGAAUCGAAUAAUAAUUUAGAAGAAAUAAAAGAUGUCUCACCCGUGUACGAAGAACCGGAAGAUUUUGCCACGACUAUUGCCAAACUUCGAUCCCUUCUUCAGCAACGUGAAUCCAGUUCGACAUUAUCUGGAAAAAGUAACGCAUCCAUUGAUUCACAAUCGGGAGCGGAAAAAUGUCAUUCUGGUAACGUAUCCCAAUCUAUGGAAGGGGAUUCAUUUGAUUCUCAAACGACAGCUUGUGACAUUCCAACGGAUGGUCGACUUUUUAUAAAUAUUUGCAUACCUAAAGCGGAAUUAGUGACCGAUUAUAAAUCCCCCCACGUCGUUUACACCGUACAGUACGAUGGGAUUUACAUGGUUAAACAAGAACAAAAUCCCAACGCGGAACCCGAAUUCGUACUUCAAACGACGAUAAUUAAAAAAAAAUUUAUGGAUUUCCUUCAUUUGCAAACGAAAUUGGAAGAAAAUUCAAAUUUCAGGUCGAUCAUGAAAGGACCAUCGAAAUGGUUGAAUUUGUAUUCGAGUGGUAAAAGCGAAGAGGCGAGCAGGAAAGGAAUGUUGGAAACUUUUCUACGUCAGAUAUGUUCGAACGUUGAAAUAUCAAAUUCACCGGAAGUACACGAAUUUUUAGCCUACGGACAAAUUGAUAAUAAUAAUCCUUUGAUAAAAAAAUGUUCGGAACCUUCGGUUCAGAGAAUCGAUAAAUUAUUGGCGAAUAAAGUGACGGGAGUUUUCAAUUCGAUAAAAACCGUUUUACCAUCAUUCGAUUUUGAUUCUCCAGCGUUUGUCGCGACAGGGAACGAGGCGUCGACGAAAACGUCACAGGAUCAAAAAAUCCUUCAGGGUUUUCUAAAUUUCGGUAACAAAUCGGAAUCAUUCGAAUUGUUAUUGAAUUUCGUACCGAAAGAACCGACGGGUGAAUCGUUAACGGAUGACAUAAGGCAUCAUUUGAACAGGACAAACGAUUGCAUAGAAAAAGCAGUAGACGUAUUGGAUUCGAACGAUUGGAUGUCGGAUCAACGGGAAUGUAGAUUUAUUUUUCCGGAUGAUGGAACGUGCGUUUGGAAUAAUUACAAAGAAUCGAUACAAGAUGACGAACUCGAAUCGUUGGAUUCGCACAUGCCGAUAUUAAGUUUACUCAUCGAUAUAUUGACUGAAUUACUUUACGAUUCCGAUAGUUGGAUAGUCAAAGAUCCGGUCAUUCGAUUAUUAAAAGUUAUUUCCGGUCAUUGGGAACGAGAAAUCGAAAAAGAACUCGUACAAUUGGAUUGGGAUAAAAUAUUGGGAAAUUUGAUAAGGUUGUUUCGACUGUCGGUAUUUCAAUGUUCGUCAAAGGAAACGAUUCAGGUCGAUUUGAACGAUAGCAAAAUGAUUUUGGAAGAUGAAAUUCGUAAAUUUUUACCACGUAAGAAACAAAGGAACGAGCGUUUGUGUCGAGAAAAAAAAGCAGAAGACUAA